UGACAAUGAAAAUUAGAACACAAAAUGUCUACGAGUAUGAUUUGAAACGAGAAUAAGCAAUAGACUCUUAAAAUAAAUUCAAGAGCAUAAUAGCCUACGGGAUAACUCCUCAUCAAAGCACGGCCUAAAAGUGAAUUGCUGAAGCAAGAACUGAAAAUGGCAACUUCAGGAUUGAUUUUUGUUUCUCCAUCAACCUCACAAUUUCUCAGCUCACAAUCACAUUAUUCAAUUACCUCUAUUCUUCCAUUAAACCCCAUGAAAUCAAACACACUCUCAAUUCUUCCUCUUCCACAACACCCUCAUUUUCUCUCUCUUCACCUCAAAAUCCAAAGAAAAGCUAUCAUCACUGCUGCAAAUAUUGCUUCCACUGGGAAAUUGGAAGAUGAUUUACCACCACCUCUUGAUUCUACUUCAGACCCACCUCCAAUUUUUGAUGGCACACCAAGGUUGUAUAUUUCUUACACUUGCCCAUAUGCUCAACGGGUAUGGAUUACCCGUAAUUGUAAGGGAUUACAAGAUAAAAUAAAGUUGGUGCCUAUUGAUCUCCUAAACAGGCCAUCUUGGUAUAAACAAAAAGUCUACCCUCCUAAUAAGGUUCCAUCAUUAGAGUACAACAAUGAAGUUAGAGGAGAGAGCCUUGAUUUGAUAAAGUUUAUCGACAGUCACUUUGAAGGGCCGUCCUUAUUCCCCAGUGAUUCUGCAAAGCAGGACUUUGCUGGUGUACUCUUUUCUUAUGCUGGUUCCUUCCACAAAGCUGCAACUGCUUCUUUCAAGGAGGAGAAAAUUAACGCAGAAACCGGUGUUGCCUUCGAUUACAUUGAGGAGGCUCUUUCCAAGUUUAAUGAUGGCCCUUUUUUCCUGGGUCAGUUUAGUCUGGUUGAUAUAGCCUAUGUCCCAUUCUUUGAAAGAUACGUCCCCUUCUUGUUAGAUGUGAAGAAAUACGAUCUUACAGCUGGGAGACCUAAAAUUGCAGCGUGGCUUCAGGAGAUGAAUAAAGUUACUGGAUACAAGCAAACUAAAACGGAUCCAAAGUUGCUUGUUGAAAGUUACAAGAAGCGGUUCCUGACCUCUAACACCAGUGAUUGAAGCUGAGCACAGGAAAAGCUUCUUUAUGUCUAUUUCUAUAAAGCCAGAAAGGCAUCGAUGAUUUCAUGUCAAAUGGAUUUGAUGGAAACUGGUGCUAGACUGCUAGUGCGACAACCAGCCAUUUAGAUGCAGUAGCUGCCAUUUUGGCAAAUCAUUUUUUCGCAUCAUUUGUGUUGAAAAGCUAACAUUUCAAAUACCUAAGCUAAAAUUGAAUUUAGAGUACGAAUAUAUAUCGAUAAAAUAUUAUUAUAAGAUUUUGACAAUAAAAGUUCGGAACUAAAAUAUUACAAGAA